GCUGCGGCUGCCUCAGCGGAACGCUGCGAGGGGCGUGGGCGCUCGCCGGGCUCGCCGCGCUCUGGGCGGUGCGGGCCAUGGCUAAGGCCCUGGCCCCCGGCCGGGACCGUCCGAGCCGGGAGAAUGAGGACGGCUGGGAGACCCGGGGGGACCGCAAGGCCCGGAAGCCCCUGGUGGAGAAGAAGCGGCGCGCGCGGAUCAACGAGAGCCUCCAGGAGCUGCGACUGCUGCUGGCGGGCGCCGAGGUGCAGGCCAAGCUGGAGAACGCCGAGGUGCUGGAGCUGACCGUGCGUCGUGUGCAGGGCACGCUGCGGGGCCGUGCGCGCGAGCGCGAGCAGCUGCAGGCGGAAGCAAGCGAGCGCUUCGCGGCUGGCUACAUCCAGUGCAUGCACGAGGUGCACACGUUCGUGUCCACGUGCCAGGCCAUCGAUGCCACUGUCGCCGCAGAACUCCUGAACCACCUGCUUGAAUCCAUGCCUCUGCGCGAGGGCAGCAGCUUCCGGGAUCUGCUGGGGGACGCCCUGGCAGGGCCUCCGGGAGCCCCUGGGCGCAGUGGCUGGCCCACGGGAGGAGGGAUCCUGGGAUCCCCUAUGCCCAGUUCCCCAGGCCCCGGGGACGACCUGUGCUCCGACCUGGAGGAGGCCCCCGAGGCUGAACUGACCAGAGCUCCUGCUGAAGGGCCAGAGUUGGUGCCAGCAACCCUGGGCAGCUUCACCGCUGCCCGCACAACCCAUAGCGUCUGGAGGCCUUGGUGACUAACACCACCCCGGCUUUUGCAAGGGUGGGUGUGGCCUUCCCUUGCUCUGUUCCCUCCUCCCUGCGGUCCACAGGCGGUGGGGCUGGGCCCCCCGCUGGCUCCCAAGUCUGUGGGCUCUCUUCCUUCAGUGGCUGGGACGCAGGGCAGUCCGGGUGACCAGCCCUAGCCCUGUUUCUUAAGAAAGUAUUUCUUAUGGACCCCACAGCCCCCCAGGAGUGGGUGGAGGGCGGGAGCUGCAGGCAGGAGGAGGAAUCUCACCGAACUACUAGGGUUCUCCAGGAUUUCACUGUCCCAGCCUUCUCAGGUACUGUGUGGAUCUGGGGGCAAAGGUGAACGGAAUUGUGCUGAAGCCCUUCUUGGUGCUGGGCACUGGUGACGGGACAGAGGGACACCUCAGACCCUGACAGCCCUGGCCUGAGUGGAAGCUUGAACUUGCCACUUGAGUCAGGAACAGGGGAGGCAGAGGCUUUCUGUGGCAUUUCCUCCACCUGCCAGAGAGAAGCAGAGCUCCCUGGACCACUUGAGUUUGUGUAUUGGGUUACCAUCAAAUGUUCCAGUUUUAUGAAAUAAAGCAUUUUGGAGAGUUAGUUA